GAUUAUACAAUUCUUCAGUAUUUCCUACGUGCAAAAUCGUAGUUGUGUAUAUAGCUGUUUAGGAAUUUAACCUAGAUUUAUCAUUGCAUUGGCUGUGCACAAUCGAUCAUGGCUGAAUUACCAACUGCAAUACGGGAACCGGAGAUAAAAUAUACACAGAUUUUCAUCAACAAUGAAUGGGUAGACUCUGUCAGUGGGAAGACCUUCCCGACAAUACAUCCGGGAAAUGGAAAGAAAAUUUGUGAUGUUCAAGAAGGCGAUAAGGCAGACAUAGAUAAAGCGGUUGAAGCCGCAAAGAAAGCAUUCGAGUUUGGUUCACCAUGGCAAAAGAUGGACGCCACGAAGAAAGGUGCUCUGAUGCAUAAGUUCGCCGAUCUGAUUGAAAGAGACAAAUUGUAUAUUGCUAGUCUUGAAACAUUGGACAAUGGCAUGGCAUUUAGAGAUGCCUACGGUGGGGACAUGCCGAUGGUUGUGGAUAUAUUUAGGUACUAUGCUGGUUGGACAGAUAAGAUACAAGGACGAACCGUACCUAUAGACGGAACGUUCUUUUGCUAUACGCGGCAUGAACCUGUUGGUGUGUGUGGACAGAUUAUACCGUGGAACUUUCCACUUACUCUGUUUGCGUUGAAGGUCGCCCCUGCCCUUGCUUGUGGAAACACAGUAGUAGUUAAACCCGCGGAACAGACACCAUUGAGCGCCCUUUACGCAGCUCAGCUGUUAAAAGAGGCUGGAUUCCCUCCAGGCGUUGUUAACGUAGUUGCGGGAUAUGGACCUACGGCUGGCGCUGCCAUUUCUGAGCAUCCAGAUAUCAAUAAAAUUUCCUUUACUGGAUCAACAGAGGUUGGUCAAAGAAUAAUGGCUGCUGCAGCUAAAUCAAACCUAAAACGAGUUACCCUAGAGCUUGGAGGGAAAAGUCCAUUGGUCGUUUGGAAAGACGCAAAUUUGGACACAGUAGUGGAAUGGGCACAACAGGCUAUUUUCUUUAACUGCGGACAAGUUUGCACAGCUGGAUCUAGGACAUACGUACAUGAAGAUAUCUACGACGAAUUUGUUAAAAAAGCUACAGCUCGUGCACAAACAAAAAUUACUGGCGACCCCUUUGAUAGUAAAAGUGAAUACGGACCGCUGAUCAGUGAGGAACAGUUCAGUAAGGUUCUUGAUCUCAUAGAGAGUGGCAAACAGGAAGGAGCUAAUCUUGAAUGUGGAGGCCAGAGACAUGGCACUGAAGGGUACUUCAUACAACCGACUGUAUUUUCUAAUGUGACAGAGAAAAUGAAGAUUGGAAGGGAGGAGAUAUUUGGUCCGGUACAGUCUAUAAUCAAAUUCAAAGAUAUGGAAGAUGUUGUGGCACGUGCAAACGAUACGAAAUACGGCCUUGCAGCAGCGAUAUUUACUGAGGACAUUGAUACUGCCCUAACAUUUACCAGCAGGGUGAAGGCCGGCACAGUGUGGGUUAAUUGCUACUUAAUUGCGUCAACAGCAGCUCCGUUUGGAGGAUUUAAGAUGUCCGGUAUUGGACGUGAAUUUGGAGAAUAUGGACUUCAAGCGUACACGGAAGUGAAAAAUGUUAUUAUGAAGACUUCAGUAAAGCUGUGAAGUCCAUGACUAAAAUGGGGCUAAACUUUCAUCGAGACAUCAGUUCUUGUUAUAUUUCAAAUCGAUGGACCAAUUUGACUUUUUUAUUUGAACAGAAUAUAUAUCACUUUCCUGUUUCCUAUGUACAUUAAUGAUCUGGAAGAUACUUUUAUGCUAAAAGGGUUUCAUGGUAUUUGUCGAGGAAUGUUCAAAUGAUUUUAACUAUUUUAUGCCGACGACAUCGCUAAUACAUCGGAAACAACAGAGGAACCCCAAUAUGUUCUAGAUGUAUUAACGUAAUAUUGCGACAAAUAAAAGAUUACUGUUUACAAAAAUGCAAAUAAAACAAAAGUGUAAUGGUUUUUAAAGAAAAGGGGACUAAGAUUUUAUAUGGAAAUGUUGAAAUUGAAAUGAUUAAUAAUUUACAAAUUUAGGGAUUGUUUUUACCAACGGUGGAUCCUUUUCGAAAACAUAUGAAGCUCUAGCAGGGCAGGCAAGAAAUGCGAUUUUUAAGCUUAAAAUGUGCAUACAAACUUUUCUUUUUUUUUAGUUUUGCACACACUAGAUCUUUAAGAUAAGCUAAGUAUACCGAUUGUAAACUAUGGACGUGAUGUAUGGGGCUUUAAAGAAUCAAAACAGUUACAAAAUGUUUAUUUGCAGUUUUGCAAAGAUUAAUCUGGUGAACAGUUAGGAACACAAAAUUCGUUUGUAUGUGGAGAGCUAGUGCGAAAACAUUUAAUAAACCCUAGACUGUGUCAGGUAAUAAAGUCCCGGUGUAAAAUAUUGAAGUCGGAAAGAAACACAGGUCUAUUAGAAAAGUGCAAAUCAUGGUGGUAUAUGAUAUGGAGCUUUAACCAAAUAAUAUGUUUUAGGAAAAAUCAGUCAAAUUAAUUGUAACUAAAGGGUCUGUUAUAUUCUUUCAUAUAUACAUGAUUUUUUAUGAAUAAUUGAGGUAAGACUUACCUACAAUUGAACUUUACAUGGAAAUCCUGGUGACAUGUGAAAUCCUGGUGAAAUCCUGGUGACAUGUGAAAUCCUGGUGACAUGUGAAAUCCUGUGUUGUGAACUGAUCUUACCUUAACUUGCCAAAUUGGAGUGAACUUAUUAGAGUUGAACAUUUUAUACAUGAAAAUCACAUUAACUUUUGAAAUACUUACCUUUUUGACAGAAAUUUGUCAGUCUUCUCAGAUUCCAUUGCUACAAAAAAACUUUACUGGCGGAAAUGUUUGAAAUCCGCCCACUUCAAUAUUUCCUUAUAUGAUUUCCAUUUAUAGUCACAGUUUCUACCGAAGAACAAUUUAUGAUCUGUAUUUAUUUGUAAUUUAUGAUUGUUAAACACCAGAAAGCUAGAAUUCUGGAUUUCGGUCUCGGAAAUCCUUCAUUUGAUUGGUGAAUUUCUGGAUUUUACUGUUUUGUUUGGAGGAUUUCGGAUCCAAAAGUUUAUAAAAGCCGGUAAGAAAUCCUGGCCAGCACUUCGGUCUUGACCUUCCAUAGCGUCAUAGAAAGUGCUACAACCGCUAACUUUCAAUUUCAUUUUGAUAAAACUCAACCUGCUUGUAAGUAUUUGUAAUCUAACUGUAUGAAGGAACACUGUUGUUAGUAUAAAUGUAUAUGAAAAUAUUACUAUAACCUAAAGUAAAAGUACUUAUAAACUUUAAAGAAAUUCAUUUGUUUUCUCGGAAUCCUGACACAUGUUUCACAAUAUAGGAUUCCAUUAUGUCUGGUUAAAUCAAGUAGGAAAUGAAAUUUUAUUUUUGUUCAGCUUCAAACGAGCAAUAAGAAAUAAGUUCAUGCACUCUUCAGGAAAUUCUUCAAGGGCUUCUUCCUAUAAACUGCUUCGGUUUUAAGUCCUAUUUAGGUAACAUUUCAUAAUUAUAAUGAAAUAAUAACAUUAACAAAACUGAGAUUGUCAGCACGUAAGUUAUUAUCAGAGGCAGGUAGAUGGCACAAGCCGAACAAAAUUCAAAGAACUAGUAAUAGAAAAUGUUAGAAUGCAAAUUACAAAAAGACCUGACAAACAUACCAAAAUUGGCAAAACUGUUAUCAACUGAAAACACAUUGAAAAAAAAUGUCCACAGGGUUAUCAGUCUAUCUGUCGAUCGAUCGAUCAAUCGAUCACCCAUCCAUCCAGUGAUCUGCGUUCUCCCUACUGAGAUAGGCGGACAGUCGUCCUAGAGGAUGCUACAAACUACAAAAUUUCAGACUUCUAUUUAAAUAUUACAUAUGGAUUUCUUUCUCUAGUUUUAACUUUAAAAAGUGAGUCUAUACUAAUGUCCUUGUAAAAUGUAAUCAUUUUCCAAGUGGAAUUAGUAUUAUUUUGCAACGAAUAGAAUAGAAUAGAAUAGCUGGAUAUAAUACUAUAAUUAUCCUGCACUAUAAUGAAUAGUACUUAGCGUGUAAAACAUAACAUUCUUUCGAGUUAGAAUAAAAAUAAAACGAAAACUAGCUGAAAAAAGGAUAACGACAAUUUCCAUUUGAUAACGAAGGAAUAACAUUGUAUGAAAAUAACAGCAUAAAAUGUAUGGAUAUACAUUUAAAUGCGUACUUUCUAAAUGUAGAUACCGAGUCCGGCAUGAAGAAUCCAAAUAUUCUUGAAUUAAAUUCAGCAAAGCCAAAAGUCAAAUGUAUACAUUUUAUCUGCAUUUAAUGUUCUAAUUAUGCACGACUACUUAGUGACACUCAGUCGUAAUAAUGAUCAAGAAAUGGUUCAUGCCUAAAAUCCAUAAAAUAUAUGGAUAUACAUUUAAGAUACUUAAUCGUGAACCUUAUUUGUCUGUAAGAGCUUAAAGGAGAUGGUGUGUCUGGCCUGAUGAAUCUCUCUAGAACUAAAUGAAUACUCUUGUUUAAAUCAGUCUUGAUGAAAGUCAAAUCUGCCUUUAAUACUCCAGUACUGCUAGAAGCCAUCAGCAAUAAUUAUCAAGAAAAUCGACAGGCAUGUAAGGGUGGAUGGGGGAGGAAAUAAACAAAUAAUCAAAAUACUUGAAAAAAACGUAUUAAAAAAGUAUUGUUGUGCUCUAAUUCUUAAUCAUGUGUACUGUUAUGUGCUACUUAUGUGCUUCUUUAUUCUUAGGCUGUUUGUUUGUACGUUAAUGGAUAAUCAAUUUAUGUCGGAUACAAGCUUCUAAGCUUAUGUUAAUUUUGUUAUAUAGAACUGACUAUAAAUAAAGAUUAUCUUAUCUUA